AUGCUUGAAGUGGAAAUUACUCAACAGCGUUCCAUUCAUACAGCAAAAUGGGAAAUUGUACUUGGUAUGAAUUUAUAUCAGGUUAUUAAACUACUGAAACUGAAUGAUGAUCAAGUAAAAUCAGUAACAUUAGUUUACAACGAUAAAGAUCCAUUGAGUGCCGAUUACACAUUGAAUUUAUCAAAUGAUAGCAUUCUUUUGCAUUUUGACUCUGUCACACGUCAAAGUCUUAAAUUGAUUGAAUUAUAUGACCUAAAAAAAGUUAAAUUGAAAUACUUUGGUCAGUGCUUUAACAGUCCACAAGUUAUUCCUACUAUUGAUAUUGUCAACAGUGUUUUUGGGCCUACACGUCCGGGAGAUUAUAAUCGUGAAAGCCAGUCGUUUUUGAUGCAUUUUCCUGGUUUAACAUUUUUUUUCAAUCAAAUUGGACCACAAGUUGAAGCAAAAUCAAUGCAUGGACUUAGUUCAUUACAAUUUCCUGAUGGUCAAUCACCGGUUGUCAGUAAAAUUUAUAUUUAUGCUGGAAAUGUUCCUCUUGAAUUUAUUGUUCCUCCAUUACCCGUUCAGUGUUUUAAUCGUUCAGUAUUUCUUGACAAACUAAGUAAUUUAACCGAAAAUCAAAAGACAAUUGGUAUUGCUUGUCGACUAAUUGUGGAAGCACAUGCAGCAAAAUCCUAUGAUGCUGAUAAUCAUGCUGAUUAUCUUGAUGCCACUGUACAUUUUGACGAUACAUGUCAGGAUGUUUUAUCUGUUAUUGGUAGUCCAAAUGGUGUUUACUAUAAAACAGAAGAUAAAAUAAAAAUUCAUAAUCCAUCGUCAAUCAAUUUAUCUACUCAGAGAAGUCAAGAAAAUUCAGACUAUUUUUUUAAUUAUGUUAAUUUUGGAUUGGAUAUUUUAUUUGAUGGAAUGAAUCAUACAGUGAAAAAAUUUAUUUUACAUACUAAUUUUCCUUGUCAUUAUUUAUUUGAUAGUUAUUUUCCAUGUAAUUUUGAAUUAACUGUUAAAAAUUAUUCAACAGGAAAAGAUCUGAUCGUUACGCCAUCAACACGGUGGCCUGCCAUACAAGAAAUAUUUGAUAAGCAUUUGAAACCAUGUAUUUUAAAUCGUUCAUCAUCUAUAAAUACUACAAAUCCAUUUGGUCCAACAUUUUGUCAUCUUGUCAAUGAUAUGAUAUUUGAAGUAAUGAAUAAUGGUUAUUGUGCAUCCGUUAUAUUCAUUAAUCAUAAAGACUAA